AUGACCGACUCUACGCAACAAACGGUUAGCAUUUGUGAGGAUGACCUCAGUACAGCACUAAAAAUGCCCAUUCGCGCGCAUGUGCGACUGGUAGGCAUCGAGAAGACGCACCCGGACGUCGUGGCCAGAGAUCUAGAAACAAUCAAACGGUGCCGAACGAUGCAAGAGGCUGUUGAAGCAAUUACAGAAAUUCGCAGUCGGUGGAUCUCUGCAGGUAUUUUUCGGAGCGUAAAGUAUAAUUUUGAACCCACUGCAGAUGGAGAGCGAAACGAUAUCUGUGUUCGGUUAGACGUUAUCGAAGAGAAGCCCAAAAAGAGUAUCGGUGUCUUCACAACGGACACCUCCAUUCCAGAAAUCACGGUGGCCCUCGAGAACAUUUUGGGCGGCCGGUACUCCGUCAAAGGUAACUACAUUCCCCCCGCAUCCCGAGUUCAUUCGAUAUCGUUUUCUUUUCUCUCCAAUGUCCCACUCAUCGGCCAAAGCGCUGAAUAUUAUAUUGGAAGGAAAACGGAAAACAAAACGUACCACCUGGCAAACUCUGAGCGCGUGGAGGAGGUGAGGGCAACCACCACAAACCGAAAAGGUAAACUAGCGUCUGAGUUUUCUGUCGGAUUACAGCGGAGGACCUUAUUAACAAAGCACAUGAAAAGUAUCCCUGUGGAGGACGCGGUCGAUUUUUUGGCGACAGAUAAAGGCUACGCUCGGCAUCAGUUCACCCUGACAGACGUCGCUCACCACGCCAACCCGUUCCUCUACAAUAUGUACCCACUUCCCAUUUAUGGGAGCCAGAUUAGUCUUUGCAACGAAUUUGCCGGCGGCCCGAUGGGCGGUGAUUUCACGUUUCUGAAAAGUGAGUUUCAGGGAUCAAAGUACAUCCCACUCGGGCCCUUUUUUAGUCUGCAGUUGAGCGCAAAACUCGCUGGAAUUUACCCCUUUUUCGGAAGUCGUAUCCCUCUGAAUGACCGACUAUUCCUGUCCAAUUGCCACGUUCGCGGGUUCAAGUCAGUCGGGCCCUCUACAUUAGAUUGGGGAGGCGAUGUUAGCCGUUUUGCGGCAACUGGAGGCAAUGCUCUGUGGGCGACGUCACUAAGUCUGAACUUUCCGUUCCUUUUUUUUCCGAACAAUGGGAUCGCUUCGAUGCACCUUUUUGCGAAUGCAGGCCAUGUGCGCAUGAUUGACUCUCUCGAUGCACUUAAAGAUGGCUACCGUUGGCUGCGGGACUGUGCAUGCUCUGUUGGUGCCGGAAUUGUAAUUACGCGGAUACCCAUCUUCGGCGUCGCGCCGAGUGGACGCUUUGAACUGAACAUGUCUAUUCCUCUUGGUAUUGACAAACAGGGUAAUAUAGUGUACCGCAACGGUCGCAAGAGUUUGUUUGAUCGGUUCCGGUUUGGUUUGGUGUGGUCGUCGAAUUUCUCGUUCUAG